AUGGCCGCUGGGCAGCUGCAAGAGAAACUGUCGAGCACGCCAGUGUACUGCGCACUCCUGGACGAAUCCAGCGACCCGUGCACGCUGCUAGGAAGCUGCAACAUUGACCUGGGCAGAGCCUGCUCGAGACUGCGCACAGGCAGUACUAGCAGUGGGUCGAUUGCAGUGCAGGAACGAUGCACACUGGCAAACGUGCUAGGCAGCCGACUGGGAACGAUGACCGUCCGAUAUCGUAUAGCGGAGAUCUCGUUCUCGGUCGACUGCCAUUUGGAGAUAGCACAGGCAACGCCGCAAUCGGCGUCUGCGCCAGCAGCGGCAUCAGCAUUGCCCAGAACCAGUAGACCUGUGCUGCGGCAACAGAAUGCACUUAGUGACCCUGGUAUACCGGGGAGUCUGGUCAAUUCAGCUGCACAAGUUGACCCGUUACAUGCGGCACACACAGGCUCAAGACAAGAUGCACCGCUCCACACACCGCCACCCGACGGCAGCACCACUGACACCUCGUGCAUCAGUACCAGUGCCAAAGCAACGGCGUAUUCUGACCAGCACCAGCGGGGCUUGAAUCACGCUGCUGCCGAGCCAGCACCACCCAGUAGCCCGUGUGAACAGGCCUCGCUGGACACGGCAACAGCAAAACAGGUAUCCAGGUCUACUCGGACAGCGCAACACGACCAGUCACAGGUGGCCGAUGAAGCCAGCACCAGCAUCAUGAUGACCGAAGAAGUUGCAGGCAUGGCAGCAAGUGCACCUGAUGAUUGUACCUCUACAAGCAACAGCCCAGCUGCAAGCACAGUCGCAUCUCACAAUCCACAGCAGCUGUCGCGUGGCCGCCAAGUGGGCGAGGAACAAGAGGAGCGAUACGAAACGAACACCCUGUGUCCACCACCGAUGAUUUACACAGCACCACCACGGUCAGCAAAGCCGCAAAGCCAGCAGUAUCAACCGAACAUGCAAGAAAGCCAGACGAGUAGUCACUGUAGGGCAGAAAGCCGUGCACCCGACUCCUUUGCCACUGAACAAUCUGAGCAAAACUGGCAGUUGCUGGCGAGAAGAAUUGCGAACAACCACCCGAUUAACACCCGGCUCACAGUCACGGAGGAUGAAAGACACGAUUCGAAGAUGGAGCCUGAGCCUCAUCUAUCUGUCUUGAUGCCACAGCCAAUCCAGCCUGUCUCAGUGUCAGAAACUCAAGAGAGCAGCAUUGUCGCACAUCGCACUCAUGCUCCUCUUAGUGCUGUCGCACUCAUGGCCGAUACGCCUACACCGUUACUGCAAGCUCUGCUUGGUGAGCUGGAAGCUGUGCUUGGCAGAAGUGACCUGCCCGCUGGAAUCCCAGCACAAGUGCCUACAAACAUAGGGCACUCCAUGAAGCACAGCUCAGCUGUGCGGCAUGCACCUGCGGGAUCCACAGGACCGGCAUGGUUUCGCCGGCCGGCAGGGAAAGACCGAUCACAGCCUGAUCGUGAUGUGCCUUUGACAAACACAAUCGCAGAAGAGCAGAAUACCGCAGAUCUUGCACAGGCUAUUCUCAAUCACUUGUUGGAAAACAAGCAGGAGAGAUCGCCUGAUUCAGCCGCUGAGAACGAGGCACCGGCACUCAUCACGCCUGAGGUGCCGCCGGAUGCACCUGGUGACCCGGUGACCCAGCGCCAAGAAUCGUCCAGCAAUAGCUCCUCUUCAUCCCUGUCGAGUACUACGUUCAUUCCAGUCGGCAGCACGCACAGCUCGCCUCGACAUCCCAUCAUCAAGCACCUCAGCAGUCGCAGCAGGACAAUGCCAAGCCUAACGACCGACCCAGACCCGGAGCAGAGCAGUCCAGAAGAGGUCAGUGCACGGCGCAAGAAGGUGCUGCGCAAACGCUCCAGUGGCAGGCUAUCAUCUAUGCUGGCGCCAGCACUGGCCAAGGAUGGGAAGGUGCAGGUAGCAAAGGCUACCAUGGAGGCAACUACAGAGGACUCGGCUGAUCUUUGCCAUGCGCCCGUGAACAGGAAGCAGAGCCGCUCUGAACAGCAAGACAUUCCGUCCGCAGUGCCGCCGGCAUUGCGUAGCAUUGCCAACGCCGACCUGACCAAUGUGUCAGACAGCAGUACGUGUCUGCCUAAAGUGCUGGUGUUCCUGCCAUCGCACACCGAGACAGGUGGCAGUGGAGCCAGUGGAGAAGGCAAUGCUCGGAAGCCAUCAUCUUCACAACCAGCAACGGCAGCAGCGGGCAAGGAUUCGCAAAGCCAAAGAAAGGCCAAGAUGAAGCGUCGGAAGAGCUUGCUUGCCCAGUGGCCAAUCAUAGCCAGUGCAAUGUCUGCCGACAGUGAUAUAUCGGCAGUAAUUGCCACCAAAAAACCACCGCGGUCUCCUCUAGGUGAUGAUGCUAGCGCGAAGCCCGCCGAACUAAAUACGGACGCCGCUAGUUGCAAGUCCAGCCAUGGCACACAUACUUCAAGCAUGUCUGAUCUUGCUACCAGCGAGCUGUCCUCGAUGCAAGCAAACACGGAUGGGAGAAGGGUCUCCUCGCCAAGAAAAAGUGGACGACUUAGCCAGCCGCACAUCGAAUCCGGUCUCCGGGGGCAGUCCGACCACUUGGACUCCGAACAAGGCAAGAGUGCUCACCGUGCAACACACAACACUGGGAGCUCAGAUGCUGAAAUCAGCUCCCUGCCACUCUCUUCCAGGCAGGCAUCAAGGGCAUCUUCCCCAAGGAAAUCCGGCAGCGAUUCAUUCGCUGCAUCGAACACGCGCUACACAGAUGACGCAUUCGAGGAUGGCGCGGACACAUCUGAGGACACCGCUAGGCGCACAGCGAUCACCAGUAACCAUGGUAACAGCAGUCGUUCAUCAUCGGCUGGCUCGUGUAGAUCCCCGCCCCAGCCUGUUCAGAUUAUGACUGUAGAUGCUUUGGAGCAGGCCUGCUCUAGUCCUGACCAACGUCGAACUAGCGUGCAGCAACAGUACUCAACAAGCUAUGACGUGGACACUGAUGACAUAAUUUUCACCGAGUCGGAUGAAGACUAG